AUGUCGGAAGCGAUAUUUCAGCCAACGGAUAUUGUUCUUGCAAAAGUUAAAGGGUUUUCAGCAUGGCCGGCAAUGAUCAUCCCUAAUGAACUCAUCCCAGAUAACAUCCUCAAGACCAAACCUAUGAGCGUGCACAAAGGCAAGUCAGACAAUGAUAAGGAUGCAGAUGUAGACGCAGGAGCAGAAUCAGAGGCGGGAGAUCGGGAGCAAAGCGACGAAGAAGAAGCGGAGGCUUUUGGUGAAAGUGAGGUUAAUCCUGAAAAAUUCAUAAUACACACUCCAGUUUUAAAGUUCCGUAAAAAUGAUGCGCUGAAACCGGCUUACUGUGUCAAGUUUUUUUGCGAUGAUUCUUAUAUCUGGGUGAAGCCUACGGAUAUGAAGAUUCUAACAAGCGAGGAUUGUCGUCAGUGGCUAAGCGGCAAACAGCGGAAGAACAAGAAACUAAUACCGGCCUAUGAAAUGGCUAUGAGGGGCAAAGAUGGAAUUGAUAUUUGGGAAUUCGUGGAAUAUGGGUCUUACGGAAAGCCAGAUGAAGAGGAAUACGUAGAAGAAGAUGAAGAAGAAGACGAACCUAAAAAAAUGGCAACAAGACCGACUAGAUCUUCCAGUAGACAGCGUCAUAAACGCGUCUCUGAAACGGAAAAGAGUGAGGACGGCAAUACAAACAAGCGGAAGAGAGUUACCAGAUCGACUAGGCAACAAGUGGUUGACACUUCAGAGGAGGAAGAUGAGGGAGUGGAGGAAGACGAAGACGAAGAUGAAGAAGUACAGGAGAUUGUUAGAAAGAGGCCGCAAAGAAGCAAAACUAAGAAAGCGGUAGUGUCGAAUGCUAAGCCAAAGCCAAAGCCAAAGCCAAAAAAAGAAAAACCUAAACCACCCAAAAUAAUCAAGUAUCAUUUUGAAGAUGAUGAAGAUUGGAGUAUUGUUGGGUUGGGUCCGCAAGAUUUAUCAAUCGAAAAAACAAUGGAUCCGAUUGCGAAAAAACUGUCGCAGAAGAAAAACUUAGAAAAGCAUGCAGAGGUUAAGUUAGAUUUGGAGGAUAAACUAGCAGGCAUCAACAAACUAUUGUGUGAAGUCUUAUGUUCAGCUAUCAACCAGGCCGUUUCGAUAAAGGAUGAUUUUGAAGUAAUAUUAGAUGAAUUGCAGACUGCCCUUGACACCAGGGGGUCCAAAAACGAAUUUAUAACAAUUUUCCAGUCGAACAAUUCCUUACUGUUGAACUUUAGAAUAUUAUUCAACUUAAGGAAAAAGGAACUGAACAAAUGGGACCUAUGGGAUCGUUUCCAAGACAUUUUUAAGCAUAUUUAUUCAUAUCAGUUUAUACCUGAUACGAAAGAUUGGCAACUAGAGCAAGAUAUGGAAGUUGAAGAAAUAGGUCAGGAAGACCCGAACUCUCAUGAACCUGUGAAGGAAGAAGAAACCAAAACGGGAGCAUAA